AUGGAUUAUUCUACUAAUGUUACAUACUUAACUCUGGAAGGACAUGUAGAGCUGGAGAAGUACAGAUAUGUUUAUUUUGUAUUUGCUUUCACUGCCUACUUGUUGAUUGUUUGCUUUAAUACUGUUGUUCUUUUUGCCAUAUGCAUAAACAAACAACUGCAUGAGCCGAUGUACAUAUUUGUUGCGGCUUUGCUUUUUAAUGCUCUUUUUGGAGCAACUGCACUUUUACCUAAACUGCUGAGUGAUUUACUGUCUGAAAGACAAGUUGCUUCUCUCCAAGCUUGUACAUUUCAGGCCUUUUUUAUUUACACAUAUGGUGUUUCAGAGUUUGCUCUGUUAUCAGCUAUGGCCUAUGACAGAUAUGUGUCCAUAUGUAGACCAUUACAAUAUGCAACUCUCGUAAAAAAGUCCACGGUCAAGAAACUAUUAUUUUGCUGUUGGUUUGUGCCUUCCUGUGAAAAUGGUGUGGGAGUAAUACUAACUCACCGACUUCAGUUAUGCAAGCUUAAAAUGCACAGAAUAUAUUGUGACAAUUACUCAAUUGUUAAAUUAAGUUGUGGAGACAUAUCUGUAAACAAUUCAUAUGGGCUCUUUGUUUUAACUGUCGCUGUUUUUCCACCAGUGAUCUUCAUAGUCUACUCAUAUGUUAGAAUACUUGAUGUCUGUUUAAAGAAUUCAAAAGAUUUCAGAAGAAAAGCUCUACAGACCUGCUUUCCACACCUUUUAAGUUUUAUCAGUUUCACUGUUACCUCAUGUUUUGAAGUGAUAGGCAGCAGAUUUGAAGCAAACAUACCCCCAAUUUUUUCCAUGAUCAUGUCUGUUGAAAAUAUGAUUAUUCCUCCUUUAAUCAACCCUAUUAUAUAUGGACUGAAACUGCAGGAGAUUCUCAAUAGGAUCAACAGAAUGAUUUGGAAAAGGAAGACUCACAUAUCUUUUUAG